GUCGUUGACAACGGUACGAAAUCUUCAACAUCCAAAAAUGGCGUUUCUUGCAUAGUAUAUCGCUAUAUUUAAGUCUAUCCUGGUUUUGUCAACGAGUGGAGCAAGCUUCUUGAAAGAAAAAUCGCGUAAACCAAGGAAUAGCGUUGGAGGAUCGGUUUCGUGAGAUUCCGCGUUCAGGAGGUUGCUUCGUAGAACAACGACGAAGAAAAAUGGAAUCAACGGAACAAUUGCGACCAGAAGAAUUGGUAGGUUUAGUAGCCCGGUCUGCGGAAGGUACAGCAGCGAAAGGAAUGCCUAUCAAGGGACAUGAGGAUCUGUGGGUGGAAAUUCAAGCGAAUACUUUCCGAAAUUGGGUGAAUGAACACCUGAAACACGCGGUCGACUCUGCAAAUGGUCCCGUCAUCGAUCUCGUUGAAGACUUUCGGGACGGUACACGAUUAUGCGCUCUCGUUGAAGUACUCACCAAACGACGACUACCUCGAUGGAAUCCCAGACCAGCUAAUCAACAUCACCAUUUGGAAAAUGUCUCAACAGCUCUUCAAGCUAUUGAGGCUGACGGUGUGAAACUUGUUAAUAUCGGUAAUGUAGAUAUUGUCAAUGGAAAUUUGAAACUGAUCCUUGGUUUGAUAUGGUCGCUCAUUGUAAGGUACCAAAUAGGCAAGUCCAAGUUCCCUCCAAGGAAACUCAUGCUUGCAUGGCUCAAGGCAGUUUUACCGGAAUGUAGAGUAAAUAACUUCACCACAGACUGGAACUCUGGCGUAUAUCUAAGUGCCUUGCUAGAUUAUUGCCAACCAGGUCUAUUUUCUCAUUGGCGUCGACUUGAUCCUAAUGAUAGUGUGUACAAUUGUCGAAAAGCUAUGGAAAUUUCGAAACGUGAAUUUGAUAUACCUAUGGUACUCGAACCAGAGUAUCUUGCAUCUCCAUAUUUGGACGAACUAUCGGGAAUGACCUACUUGUCGUAUUUCAUGAAGGAAGGUUCGCCGGGUUUUCACGCAACGUUACGAUGGGUUAACUCACAGUUACCUCGUCAUCCAGUACAAAACUUUACGACGGAUUGGAAUGACGGCAAAGCUUUAUGUGGUAUUGUGAGAAACUUGGGUGGCCCUGCUCCUGCUUACGAUAAGAUUGAUACCGAUUCUUCCGUAUGGGAACAUAAUAUACAAUUAGGUAUUGAUGGAGGCAAGAAACUGGGCGUAGAGCCUAUUCUUAAGGCAAAAGACAUGGCAGAUCAAAAUGUAGAACAUUUAGGCGUUAUGGCGUAUGCGGCAUACUUUCAGUGGGUAAAGCCUCGCCCUCAAGCUAGCAAACAAGUUGUUGUCCACAUCGAUAGCACUUCCGCUAGAGUGCAACAGCCAGCACACUUUAAAUUAGAGAUUCUUACCAAAGAAGUGAAUACAAGGGAAGUACGUGGUGAAGUGAUAAGUCCGAGCGGAAGGGUAGAAUGUAGACUUACAUGGAAUGGAAUACAUGGGAAGGGAACCUUUAUACCUACAGAAGUUGGGAUGCAUAAGUUAAUGGUAUGUAACGACGGAGAAUUAGUAGAUGGAUGUCCCUAUUAUUUCAGAGUUUUACCUCCCUUAACCAAAAUUAAAUCACCUGGAAUGGAUCCGUGCGCUAUAGGAUCCAUUGUUGAAGUUCUAGUCAACAGUUAUGGAACUAGUCAUAAUGGCAUUGAUGUGACUGCUUGGUCCCCAACUGGAAGAUCUCUACCAUGCCCUGUUAAAGAAAACGAUGGAGUACAUACCGCGACCUUUCAACCAGAUGAAACAGGAGAAUGGAGUAUUGCGAUAACUCAUAAAGGAAAUCACAUACAAGGUGGACCAUUUAUAUGCUUUGUAUUUGAUCCUAAUGGCAUAAAGUUAUUGGAUACGGAGGGUGCUUUACCCGGACAACCAUUUUCAUUUACUGUCGAUGCAACAGGAACCGGGGGUCUUGGCGAUGUAAUAAUAGAUUUAGUCCAUGAUAAACAAUCCAUUCCUUUCAGAGUGGAAAAUUUUGGACAUAUGCAAUAUCGAGUUUCAUUCAUUCCAUCAGAUUCUGGAAAAUACAGAGUUUAUGUAUAUUUUAAUGGAUCCGAUGUUCGAGGUUCUCCAUUUUCUAUACGAGUAGGAACUCAAAAAGCAUCGAAAAGAUCAAAGGAAUCUAGCCUCGAUAAGUCUAAAUUAUCUUCACUGGAAAGACGAAUGAACGGCUUGAACAUUGCAGUUGAGACUGAUAGAUCAAGUCCUGUACAGCAGAAAGCUUACUCUUCUCCUACGUAUAAAUUAUCCAGUCCAACUCAACAUGUACGCGAGUAUUCUCCCGUACGUCAAACUACCUCCACUUAUAAGACAUCGAAUAAUUAUUCGUUGGAAAACUCUAGUUCGACGUACCACACAUCGACUUCGUUCAAUCAUACUCGAUCUCCAAAUCAUAGUCAUAGUCCUGUUUCGCGAAAUCUUCAUAGUCCAUCUAUGGUUAAGGAUACGAAAGAAAUUUAUUCUUCUACUACAUACAAUCAUUCGAGAUCCCCGACGGUACAAAGUCCUAGCUUUAUGAAAGAGUCCAGUACAAUAAAUAGAUCUCGUUCUCCAAAUCCAAGUCCAACGAUGCAUGGUCCACGAUAUUCACCAGUCAUUAAGGAAUCUCGAGACAUUUAUAGUUCGGGAUCGUUGAAGAGAUCUCGUUCGCCAAAUCGAAGUCCGAUGGCAUAUCGUAGCACAACUCAGAGUCCUGUUAAUAGGAGCUUCAGUCCGAGAAAUGACAAAGACAAUAGUUACAAUAGGAGAGAUUCCACGGAUAAUGGAACAGUCGACACAAGCAGCAACGUCAGAGUAUCAUCGAUGAUUGGUGGGACCUCGAGAAGAGAUUCAUGGGAUGCUAUAGAGAAAACAAAAUCUUUGCUAUCUUAUGGCAGUUUAGAAUCCCUUGCUAAUCUAACCAAUAAUUCUGCAACAGCUGAAAAUACCACUAACUCGAAUUACUUCAAUAAUAAUUAUAAGAAUACUCAGGAUUACAGUUCAAAGAAUAUACUGCACACUCAUAAUAGUUCCUCCAAUCUUGCAUCCACUCAAAAGCUUUCAACUUCAGAAUAUAAUACAUCCCAAAAAUAUACCAACGAAAAUCAAAAUAUUCGUACACAAACGCACGGAAUUCUUAAAAAUAAAAAUAAUAAUUAUUACAAAAACAUGGAUAGCACAGAAGGAAUGCACGAACGAUAUCUUAAUAAUGAAGUUUCUAGUUCAUCAACACAAGAUAGAAAUUACGAAUUUGUAACUGGAAAUGCACUUGAGACAUUACAGAUUCAUAGACCGGCUACUUUCACUAUAGAUCAAAGUGUAGAUCCGAACAAAAUUACCGUUAGUGUUUCUGGUCCAAAUGGAAAAAUAAUUCCAAUACAAAAAUCAACUCUUCGAGGUUUAACGUACACAAUAACCGCUGAAGAAGUUGGAGAACAUAUUAUUCAAAUUUUAGUAAAUGGUCAACAUAUACGAGGCUCACCUUUUAGAUCGCAAGCAUACAAUGCCCGCGCUAUUCAAAUUGGGAACAUUCCGAAUGGUGUUGUUAAUCAACCAGUAGAAUUUGAAAUUGACGGAUCUAAUGCCGGAUCUGGAAAUCUAGAGAUCCUUGUGAAUGGUGGUCACGUAACUAGUUUUGUUAGAGCACUAGGUAAUCAACGAUUUCUGGCAUCGUUUGUACCUCAUGAAGCUGUUGUACAUCUCGUAGAAAUGACGUUCAAUGGCGAAGUUGUCCCUGGAUCACCCUGGCGUGUGGGCAUUAUGCCAGCCCCAAAAAUGUCAGUGAUUGGGGAUUCAAUAAGAUUGGUCCCUGCUGGUAGUCCAGCACUUUUUGAACUUUCUGCUCUUGGCUUUAGUAAUAAUGAAAUUGAUGUACAAAUUAUAACACCUUCUAAGAGACAUAUACCAGCAAGAAUUAAUGAAGAAUCAGGAAGAUCAGGAGAAUUUCGUGUUGAAUUCACUCCAAUUGAAGUAGGCAGUCAUCUUGUAGAAGUAACCAUCGCUGGACAAAAGCUACCGGCAGGACCACUAGUUGCCAAGGUGUACAAUAGCAGUUUAAUUCAAGUUACUGAUAUACCCAGUGCUGUUGUAGGACAUGCCUGUCAAUUUAGAGUUGAUGCUAGUGCUGCUGGUGAAGGACAACUUGAAAUUUCUAUAAAUGAAGGAGAAGUACCUAAUCAUGUUCAAGUAGUAGGAGGAGGACGUUGUCUUGUUUCUUUUACACCAGAAAUCGCAAAACCACACUACAUUGACAUAAAGUUUAAUGGGGAAGCAGUGAAAGGAUGCCCUUUUAUUUGUAAUGUAUCUGAUACCAGUAGAGUAACAUUAAGUUUAAAUCACCUGGAAUUAAUUCCAGUGGAUCAACCUGCUAGUUUUCAUAUGGGAGUUGAUGGUAGUGGUAGUGCAGAACUUGCAGUUUCUGUAAGAGGACCAAAUAGUGAAUUGCCUGUGAAAGUAACUGGUGAUAUAAAAAGUGGGUUUACUGCAGAAUUUAUUCCAAGAGAUGUUGGUGUCCAUUCAAUUAGUGUUGAAUAUAAUAGCCAUCCUGUAAAUGGUACACCAUUCUUGGCUAAAGCAUUUAAUGCAGAUAAAGUAUUAAUAGGCCCUGUAGCUAGGGCUAGUGUUGGUCAACCUACACAUUUCACUGUUGAUGCAAGUCAAGCUGGUGAGGGAAAUUUAGAAAUUACGAUAUCAGCUCGCAGUCAAAAUAUACCUACUCAAGUUACACCGCAGGGAAAUGCUCGGUUUUCAGUUAGUUUUGUACCAUUUGAAGCAUGUGAACAUAUAAUUAAUAUAGCCUUUAAUAAACGAACAGUACCAGGCUGCCCGAUUAUAACUCGAGUAGGUGGUGACAGUCAUGUAACAGUGAGUGGGCAGGCAUUAAGCAGUGCUGGAUUAGGACGACAAAGUUAUCUUACCGUCAGUAAUGUUGCCGGUAGCUUGGAAGAUUUAGAAGUUAAUGUUGAAGGACCCAAUGGACAGGCCGUACCCGCUCAAGUCACUGACAACAAAGAUACAACGUGCAGUGUAGCAUUUACACCAAGAGUAGUUGGAGAACAUAGAAUUUCAGUAAGUCAUCGGAAUGUUCCCGUGAUUGGUAGUCCAUUUAGCUGCAAAGUGUAUGAUGUGACCGCUAUUAAAGUAAAGGAUGCUAAGCAUGGUGUUAUCGGAAUGCCUGUAACUUUCUUAGUUGAAACUAGUCAGGCAGGACCAGGAAACCUCGAAGUAACAGUAAAUGGUGGUCGUGUACCAACAUCUGCUCAAGCUCAAGGUCCGCAUACAUACGCAAUAUCGUUUACACCACGGGAGCCAAUUGUACAUACUGUGGAUUUAAGGUUUAAUGGAGAGGAUGUACCUGGUAGUCCUUUCAGUUGCCAGGUGAGCGACACAGCUAAAGUAAUAAUAACUGAAGGACUUGAAAAAGUAUCUGUAAAUCGCUUAACAACAUUUACGAUAGAAGCAGAUACCUCUUUAGGAACUCCAACAGUGGAGGUUCUUUCACCAACCAGAGAAAGUUUAUCAAUUCAUGUUAAACAAAGUGGUCAUGGAUGUUAUACUGCGGGAUUCACACCUAAAGAUGUUGGGGAUCAUAGUGUUGAAGUGAAAAUAAAUGGAUUACAUGUAGAAGGUAGUCCAUUCCUAGUAAAAGCUUAUAAUGCUGAUAAAGUAAAAGUAACAGAUAUAAAUAGUGGUGUUGUUGGCAAACCAGUUUUCUUUAGCAUUAAUGCUAGUCAAGCGGGUGCCGGUAAUCUUGAAAUUAUUGUUGCUGUGAAUGGUAAAAAUGUACCAAAUUAUGUACAAAGCGAAGGAAAUGCAAAAUUCAGAGUUAAUUUCAAACCACAGGAAGCUGCUAUACACAGUCUUAGUGUUCGUUUUAAUGGAGAACCAGUUCCAGGUUCGCCAUUCAAUUGUAAAGUAGUUGGUGCAGGUCAAGCUGUAAUUACAGGUCACAAUUUAAAAAUGGGAGCUGUAAAGCAGUUAAUGUCCUUUAUUGUAGAUCCACAAACUCCUUCAACAAAUUGUGAUGUAAUCGUAAUACCUCCAUCAAAUAUAUCUCUCCCUAUUACAAUAGAACCUAUAGAUGGAAAAUAUAAUAUUAGUUUUGUACCUAUGGAAGUGGGCAGACAUAAUAUUAGUAUAUUAGUGGACAGUGAACAUGUUAAAGGCUCUCCAUUUGCUUGCAAUGUUUAUGAUGUUACAAAGAUUCAUGUAUCCGGUCUUACGGAAGCACUGUUAGGUCAAGCAACAACAUUUACUGUUGAUGCCGCAGAAGCUGGUGAGGGUACGUUAGAGUUAGUCGUGAGUACAGAAAAUAACACAGUUAAGGCUGAAGUGGUUGCCUGUGCUCGUGGAUUAUACGAUGUAACAUUUGUUCCACAAACUACUAGUACUCAUUAUGUCAAUAUUAGUUUCAAUGAUGAUAAUGUUCCAGGCAGUCCAUUUAAAUGUCCAGUGAUUAGUACAAUGUUAGAUGGACCAACUAUGAUUCGUGUUGGGAAUACAGCAUGCAUGGAUUUAGAAAUGCCAGGAUUAGAGGGGCCUGUAUCUUCCGAGGUUACAGGACCUGAAGGUAUAAUUAUUCCGUGCACAUUAACAAAAUUAUCACCUACUCUAUAUCGAGUAGAAAUUCGAACACGGCAAGUUGGAACUUAUAGCAUAAUAUUCAGUGACGGUCAUAAAAUGAUUAGUUCUCAAACACUUCAAGCUUUUGAUCCAGGAAAAGUAACCAUUAAGGAAGUGUCAGAUGUAGUUUGUCAUCGACCAGGAACCAUUAUAGUGGUUGCACCAAAGGAAGCUGGGCCUGGAAAAUUAACUGUAAAUGUACGUGCUGCUGGUGCUGAUGUUGAUAGUGUAGUUAGAGAUGGUGAAAAUGGUCAAUAUGAUAUAAUGUUCCAUCCUACACGAGCAGCUCCACAUAAAGUUCAUAUAAAAUAUAAUGAAGUUCAUAUAUUGGGAAGCCCAUUGGAUGUGACAGUUCGUGGUCCCACUGGCGGAAGAGAAGUAACUGCAACAGGAUUGGGAUUAUACCAAUCGUGUGUCGGUAAAGUAACCUCAUUUACCAUCGAAACUUUAGGAAGUCCUGGAAAAGAGUUCGAUGUAGUAAUCAGUGGACCACAAGGUAAUGCAGUUCCAGUUCGAUGUUAUCAACAUCGAGAUGGAAAUUUACUUGCUGAGUUUACUACAAAUAACGUCGGAACAUAUAAAAUUGAUGUCUUACAAGGUACAAAACCAGUUUUGGGUUCACCUUUCUUUUGUCAAGCUUUUGAUGUUACUAAAGUAAAAUUACAAGAACUAGGACCUAUGACAGUGUCUGUACAUGAUCACAUUGCCUUUAAAAUAAUAAAAGCAGAUGCUGGAAUGGCAGAUUUGGACGUAGUAGCUACAAGCCCAUUAGGUCAAGAACUUCCUUUACAAGUUACUCCGCUUAAUGAUGGUGCUGAAAUGGUUGAAUUUUCUCCCAGUGUACCGGGUACAUAUAUGAUUAAUAUCACAUAUGGUGGUUGCCCUAUACCAGAUAGUCCAUUAGUGUGUACAGUUGAUGCGACUGGACAAGCUCGUGCGAAAGGGGAGGGUUUAUUAAGUGGUCAUGUAGAUAAAACAGCGCACUUUAUUGUGACUGGUACAAGAUGUCCUCCGGCAGUUCAAGUAGAUGGCCCGGAUAGUGUUUCAAAAGCAAUUAUUGAAGCUGGGGCUAAUCCAGGUACUUGGAAUAUAUCUUAUGUACCAACCGAAAUUGGAGUAUUCGAUAUCAGAGUCGUUUCUGCUGGCCAACAACUUCCAGGUUCUCCUUGGCAUCCAAAGAUAAUUGAUACACGAAAUCUUCGUGUAAUUGGCGGUUGGCCAGCUGUAUGUGACGAUGUUGGACGGUUGAAAUUACAUCCAUCAAAUAAAAUUAGUUUUGAUACUGCCGAAGCUGGACCUGGUGAACUUACUGGGAGCAUAGGAGAUCAUGCAUUAUCUUUUGAAAUGACUUCAAAUAAUAGACUGAAACUUAUUUCACCACAAUUAAAUAGCGGGGAACAUCGUUUAGAAAUAUUAUUUAACGGAACUCCAUUUCCAGGUGCUCCGAAAUUAGCAAUUGUUCAAGAUUUAGAGCCACCUAUACAAGAUACAAGUCGUGUUUUAUUAAGGGGAAGAGGAUUAACAUCAGCAAAAUGUGGAGAAGAAGUUAGUUUUACGAUAGAUGGUUCUCAAGCUGGUACAGGAACACCAAAAGUUCAACUUUUUUCACCAACCAGCGAGCUCAAUGUAAUGUUACAACAUUUAGGUGACAGCGUUUAUCGAGCAAGUUACAUACCAUUAACACCUGAUCCUCUUUUGAUGACUGUGUCUUGGAAUGGAAGACAGCUAAAAGGAUGUCCUUUACAAAUAAACGUAACUAGUGCAGCUGAUGCAUCUCGAGUUAUUUGUUCCGGAGAUGGAUUGAAGCAUGGUAUAGUCGGUCAAGAAAUAAGAAGUUUUAUUGACACAAGACGCGCAGGUCCUGGUGAAUUGACGGCACAUUGUGUUGGUCCCCAUAAAGUGGCUUAUUGUGAACUGUACGAUCACGGUGAUGCAACGUUUACAUUGAAUGUAAAACCUCAAGAAGCUGGACGCCAUGCACUGACGAUUAAAUAUGCUGGAGAACACGUACCCGGUUCCCCUUUUACAUUACGUGUUUCUGGGGCUCCAGAUGCUUCAAAGGUUCGGGUUUACGGACCAGGUAUUGAGCAUGGAGUGUUAGCAACGUUUCAAUCGCGCUUUAUUUGUGACACUCGAGGAGCUGGAGCCGGUCAGCUCACCGUAAGAGUUCGUGGCCCUAAAGGAGCGUUUAGAGUAGAAAUGCAAAGAGAAACUCAAAAAGAUCGUAUAAUACUUUGUCGGUAUGAUCCAACGGAACCAGGCGAUUAUAGAGUCGAAGUUCGUUGGGCAGGCGUUCUCGUACCUGGUUCUCCAUUCCCCGUUAAAAUCGUCGACACACAAGAUGAAUUACUAAUGUUAACACAGAGUGGAGAUAAUUAUUCAACGGGACAUCAUACUAUCGCCUCUUGGCGUGGAUCACAAGCUAUAUUAUAAAAAUAUUA